AUGCAAAUCUUCGUCAAGACUCUGACGGGUAAGACAAUUACCCUCGAAGUCGAGGCCUCGGACACCAUCGAAAAUGUCAAAGCCAAGAUCCAAGACAAGGAAGGAAUCCCACCAGAUCAACAAAGAUUGAUCUUCGCCGGAAAAACAACUCGAGGAUGGACGUACUCUUUCCGACUACAACAUCCAAAAGGAGUCGACCCUUCACUUGGUUCUCCGUCUUCGUGGAGGUUAGUAAUUCUUCGAAAAUGCAUUGAUUCAAAUCUAUCGCCGUUUUCUCUUUCAGGAAUCAUCGAGCCAUCGCUCCGUCAACUUGCCGCCAAGUACAACUGCGACAAGCAAAUCUGCCGCAAGUGCUACGCUCGUCUCCCACCACGUGCGUCCAACUGCAGAAAGAAGAAGUGCGGUCACUCAAAUGA